AUGGAGAAUAUCCUGGCGACUCUCGAAAAGGGUAAUCGGCCUACCGGAUUACCUGCUGAUACUUGGUCUGUGUCAGCGUACUUUCGAUGGGGAUAUGGUUAUCACAAAGAUGAUCUACCACCGGAUAUCCAGAAGGCUCUGACGCCUAAAAUUUGCUUCUGGCUCAACCAGAUCUUUUUCAAGUCGACAGCGGGCGUGAUCAAGCUUUCAAUCUGUACCAUCUAUAUGAACAUCUUCAGCAAACCUGUUCUCUUGAGUACAAGAAUUGCACGGUAUGCCAAUUUUGCACUGAUGGGCGUCAUCAUCGCCUACUACACUGGCGGCACUCUGGUAUCGACCUUUCAGUGCAACCCGAUUCGUAAGGCCUGGCAAGGUGAUCUCGACGGUACAUGCAUUGACAACACCAAAUUUCGUGUCGCAAAUGCCUACAUCAACUCUUUUACGUCUGUCUUGCUGGUUUUGAUACCAUUUCCUGCUCUUUUGUCAACGGGGCAUCGGAGCAAAGAAAUAUGGCAAUUCCUCUUUCUCAUUGCCUUGGGACUCGCACAUACGGCUUGUGCUGUGAUUCGCGUUGUGAUGAUCUACGUGCCGAACGAAGGAGCUGCUACUGAUCCUUACUGGUACAAUACCACGCCCAAUACUCUCGCCAUGGCUGAGAUAUUCACGGCCGUCAUUGUGUCUACUAUCAUGACAAUGCGCCCUUGUUUCCAGGUUGUUUUUAGUGGGAUAGCGACGACCGUCACGAGUACCUCACGCACACGAAGAACUAAAGUUGACAACUCAGGUGUUUUGGCAUCAACCGCAAGCCAAAUACGAAGGUCUGAUCGUCAAGGCUUUAGUAAGAUUGGGACAACCAAGACUGAGGUGUUAAACAUCGAGUUGCAGAGCAGAGACCGCAGCACUGAAGAGUUAUUUGUGCUUGGCCACCAUCACAUGUCUACUGUUGUUUGUCAUGAUGACUAUAGAGACUUCCGCCACAGAUGUCUAGCCUUUAGUCCAACAAGGCUCAUCAACAAUUCGACCUUGACGCGGCAAGAGUUUGUUUCUGCUGGUACAACGUUGCAGCUCUCAGACAAUGUACCGAGUUGUAAUCGCGCCUCCCAGGCUGUCACAGUCGACCUCUGUCGCAUUGCUCUCCAAAUUCCUACCUCGAAGCGGUCAUCAAUCAGCUUCGAGCUAUGGUUGCCGAGUGACUGGCAGGGAUCGAGAUAUCUGGCAACUGGUAAUGGUGGAAUUGAUGGAUGCAUCAAGUACGAGGAUCUUGCGUAUGGCACAACUAAUGGUUUCGCUACCAUGGGUACCAAUAAUGGACAUAACGGUACGACGGGUAUUACCAUGCUGAACAACCCUGAAAUUAUCAAGGACUUCUCUUACAGAGCUCUGCACACUGGCACUCGCUCCGCCAAGAAGCUGAUGAAAGCUCUUUACGGCGAGAAACCAGCUCACAAUUACUACCUGGGUUGCUCACUGGGCGGUCGCAUGGGUAUCAAGGCCGCAGAGAAGUACCCUAAAGACUACGAUGGAAUUGUCGCUGGAUGCCCAGCUGUUGACUUCAACAAUCUUCAAGGCCAGAGGGCUAUAUUCUACCCAAUCACAGGAUCUGCAGAUUCACCUAACUACAUACCCAUUGACACCUGGAAGGGGCUGAUUCAUGACGAAGUUCUUCGACAGUGCGACAAGAUUGACGGUGUUGAGGAUGGAAUUAUCGAGGUCCCAGACAAGUGUUUCUUCAACCCGAAGACCUUACAAUGCAGCCCCAGACGUCCCAAGAACUGCUUGAACGCGGCUCAAGUCGCGCAGCUGCAAAAGAUCUACGCUCCUUAUACUUAUCCCAACGGCAAGCUCAUCUUUCCUCGUAUGAACCCUGGCAAUGAACUCCAGGCCGUAUCGAAACUCAUUGCAGGCACUCCUUUCAGUUAUUCUGAAGAUUGGUUUCGAUAUGUCGUAUAUAACGACCCGAGCUGGGAUGCUAGCACCUAUAACACGAAUGAUGUGCGAAAGGCAGAUGAGCUGAACCCCUUCGACAUACGUACCUAUCCUCAAGAGCUUCCCAAGUUCAAGAAACGCGGUGGAAAGCUGCUGAGCUAUCAUGGUGGCCAGGACAACCAAAUCACACAGUUCAACACUCAGCGUUUCUGGAACCGCAUGUACUCUGCAGAUAACGGCCUGCAGGACUACUAUCGCUAUUUCCGCAUGUCAGGCAUGUUCCAUUGUAACUCGGGUCCUGGCGCCUGGGCUGUUGGUCAGGGUGGUGGUGCCCCUGCUGCGGGUAUCCCCUUUGAUCCCCAACAUAAUGUAUUGGCGGCCAUAGUGGCUUGGGUUGAGAAGGGUCAGGCCCCUGCUAGCUUGACGGGUACAAAGUUCAUCAACGACACUGCCACCAACGGAAUCGACUUUCAGCGCAAACAUUGUCUCUACCCUAAGACGCAGACAUAUAUUGGCGGUAAUCCUAAAAAGACAUCCAGCUGGCAAUGUCGAUAG